AUGAAGUCCCAUAGUCAAUCAAGCAGCCCGGAUUGGCAAGGAAUCGUGGUCGUUCUCACGAUUUUCAUCGGCUUGGCCAUCUGGCCAGCAUGUGUCCUGCUUUUGACGGUGGUGCUGGGUGCUGUGACCCGACUUCGUGUCGACUACCGCCCCACAUCGAUCCGUCUCCCGGAUGAAGAGGGCGGCGAUGGGACAGCGACGACGCACGCGACGACCGUCUUCGGCAUGAUUGCGGCUGCGAAGCGCUCGCAGGGCUGGGUUGGCGUCUUCAGCGGUAUGGCGGCCCCCACAUCCCCGCUGACCUGGGCAGGCUUGAUCUCGGCCGCGUUGACCUCCUUUGCUGGGUACUUCAUCUGGCACUACACCAGUGUAGCGCUGGAAAAGUUGGACAAGAGGCAUGUUUCGACGCUCGACUCGCGCUCUACCGUCGCGGCGAUCAUCACGUCCGUCAUCCUCAUCCCCGCGGGCGUCAUCAUGACGCGGGAGAUGUUGACCCCGUUCCCCGGGACGUCGGAGUACCCGCGCGCUCUGAGCGCCACGGCUCUGCUGAGCUCCGCCGAGCGCGCGAACCCCUUCCGCCUGUGGAGCUGGGGGACGGUCGUGACGGUCGCCGUGCGGUCGAUCCUCUACGUUGUCGUCAUUCCUCUCAUCAAGCAUGCUCUGCUUGGCAAGUGGCCUAUGAUAGGCGUCAACAAGCCCAUGUGGACCGUGUUCUGGGGUAUCGCGUUCGCGUUCACCGUCGUCCUCACGCCGCUCGACGUGCUCUUUGCUCGCCUCGGCGCACAGCGGUUCAAUCCGGCAGGAGCGUACCACGAUGAGGUGUCCGACGACGCUCAUAUGCCAGACUGGGCGGUCGUCAUCCGGUCUCCGCCGUACUCUGGCCUCGCGGACGCCGUGUCGUCCAUCGUCAAGGAGGAAGGGUGGACGGCGCUGUAUCGCGGCUGGGUGUGGACUGGGCUGUUUGCCAUGAUUGUUCCGACCGUCCUGUCGUUGUAG